AACCCCACCAAGCUCCCCCCCCUAGGGAAGAAUCUCUUCUUUCUCUCCCAUCUCUGUCCUUCAAAGGGUUUUGAAAUCUCUGGCUUUUGCCAACUUCCCAACCUUUGAAGAAAAAGCCUCUCCUUUUCAUUUUGGACAAAGCUUUUUUCUGCUGCUUCUUCAUAUAAACCUAAGACUCAACCUUUCCCUCUUAAAAUUACUAGAGGCGUGAUGGGUUUGAGCUCCUCCACUUUCUCUCAGACUUUCCACAUUACAGUGAUUCUCACCACAAGCUUCUCUCCCCCUACCAAGCCUUAGAUUAGACCCCAAAGCAAGACCCUUCAAUCCCCUGAGAAUUGAAUCACACACAGCACUGAAACUAAAAUUAAGUACACAUAAAAAUAUGGUGUGUGGCAAACGAUAUGGUGCUUCUUCGGAUAUGAAUGCUGUUUUUCAACACGAAAGGCCUCCUUGCUCUUCUGACGUUCUCGAGUCUCUUUGGAUUCCCACUUCAUCUUCAUCUUUUCAUGGUUCAAAUUCAAUGGUCAAUUUUGAAAAUGUUAGCGGUGGAGACUCCAUGGACAAGUCACUCUUCCAACCUAUUGAUAAAGAAGAAAAUGGGGAUGACGAUUUCGAAGGUAGCCUGCUGCAUCAACCCGGAAAGAAAAGACGACUUACAGUUGAUCAAGUUCAGUUUCUAGAGAAGAAUUUUGAGCUAGAAAACAAGCUUGAACCAGAUAGGAAAGUCGAACUUGCCAAAGAACUUAGCUUGGAGCCUCGCCAAGUUGCAAUUUGGUUUCAAAACCGGCGGGCUCGGUUUAAGACCAAGCAGCUCGAAAAGGACUAUGACUCAUUGAGAGCUAGCUAUGACAAGCUCAAGGCUGAUCAUGAUAAGCUGCUAAAGCAGAAUGGAAAUUUGAAGAAUGAGAUUGAUUCCCUCAAGGACGAGUUGCUUUUGAGAGAGAAAGGAAAGGAAAAUUUGGAGUCAAAUGAUGAUGGAAUCAAUUCGCCAAAAAUGGAUAUCCAAAAUGCCAUUCCAAAUAAUACUGCUGAUGUUUAUGUGCCGAUUAUGGUAUGCAAGCAAGAAGAUGCAAGUUCUGCCAAAAGUGAUGUGUUUGACUCAGAUAGUCCACAUUGCACUGAAAACCAUUCAUUGUUGUUAGAGCCCACUACAACUGCUGAUUCCUCUCAUGGAUUUGAACCUGCUGAUCACUCAGAUUUCUCACAAGAUAAUGAAGAUGACAACAGCCUUACCAGAAGCCUUUUGCAUUUGCCCCCACCUUGCUUUUUAAAACUCGAAGAUAUCUGCUAUGAUGAUCCCCCUGCAAUUUCUAGUAAUUUUGGAUUAAUCCCAGUAGAAGAUCAGCAUCCUUUUGGUUUUUGGCCCUACUGAGAAGUUUGUAUCCCCACAUAAAAUCUUCUGCAAUUCUGGUAGUUUUGGAUUCCCCCUGGAAUAUCAGCCCAGCCCUUUUGUUGAAGGCCUCACUGAGAAUCACAUUUCAAAUUAAACUUGUGCCAUCGUCGGUCAUGCAAUGUCAAGAUCUCAGUUGUAAUUACGGUUAACUAGCAAUAAAUCCAAUUAUUAUGCCAA